CAACCUUUCAAAGGAGUGAGACGUCUACCUUGGAGGAAGCUGUCGUGGGUUGUUGAUAUUCAACAGAAGUCAUAGUUUCGGCAAGAGCAGAAGCUCAGACACAGACGGAAGGGGAAAAGCCGGAGGAGGAUUCUAGAGUGUAUUCAGGGACGAGGCUGCUGAUACAAACCAUUACAGCUGCCCACUAACCAGUAGAUCUAAGAGAACACGGCUACCAAGUACUUCAGACAGAAGAAUGGCGCUGUGGUUUCCAGGAGGGCAGCUCACUCCGCUGCUGCUGCUGCUGCUGUUGCUCUGGGUCCAGCAGACACCGGCGGGGAGCGCUGAGGCUGCUCGUAAGGUCGACGUGGACUUGACACCGGAUUCCUUCGAUGAUCAGUACCGAGGCUGUAGCAAACAGGUGCUGGAGGAGCUAAAUCAAGGAGACUAUUUCGUGAGGGAAAUAGACACUCAUAAGUAUUACUCCAGGGCGUGGCAAAAAGCCCACCUAACCUGGCUGAACCAGGCAACGUCCCUCCCUGAGAGCAUGACUCCUGUGCACGCUGUGGCCAUCUUGGUUUUCACCUUGAAUCUCAACGUGAGCUCUGACUUCGCCGAGGCCAUGACCAGGGCUGCGGGGUCUCCUGGGCAGUACAGACAGUCAUUCCACUUCAAGUAUCUGCACUACUACCUCACCUCAGCCAUCCAGCUGCUGAGGAAAGAGAGCUCUACCAAGAACGGCAGUCUGUGUUACAGGGUACACCACAGGAUGACGGACGCGAACAUCGAAGCCAAUGUGGGUUCUACCGUUCGGUUCGGCCAGUUCCUCUCUGCCUCCCUGCUGAAGGAGGAGACAGAGGUGUCUGGAAACCAAACACUGUUUACCGUUUUCACUUGUCUGGGCGCCUCCGUGCAAGACUUCUCUCUCAGGAAGGAAGUCUUGAUCCCCCCCUAUGAGUUAUUUGAAGUCGUGAGUAAGAACUGCAGCCUCAGAGGAGAUUUGAUAAACUUGCGGUCUGCUGGGAGCGUGAGCAGGUACAACUGCCAGCUGCUGAAAGCUUCCAGCAAGAAGUGCACCCCUGCUCCAAUGGUUGUUGUUUGCCUCUGUUUGGUCAGUGUCCUUAUCUCGUCCAAAAGCAAAGAGCAAAGGAAUCUACCGGCUCCCUUUUAAAGGAACUAUUUAAACUUUUCGCUCCUAUUUGUUACCAGAGUCUGAGGCUCACACUUCCCACCAUACCACAGAAGACUAGCGAGAGAGAAAAGUCUGAAACCCCUACCUAAAGGCGUCUAUAUCGGCUACUUUACCCAAUAGCUGUCACCAAGACCAGGAGGAGAGCUUCACUUGACUUCUAAACGUACAGAACACCAGAGCCGGAAAGGUUUGGUACCAGAAGCACCAAGAACUACAGAAGCAGAUAUGGGGCAGGAUGUCAAACCUCAAGACCUGCUGCCCCUUGUGACUCACGUCCUCCAGCCAGACUCCACCUCCUGAAAGACUCCACAGCCAGGAAAAUAAUGCCACCAGCCGGAGACAAAGUACUCAACACAUGAGGCAUCAAACACAGUAAGCUCUUAGUGCUUAGUGUGCUCUUACGGGAGAGGAGAUGGAAGUGCAGACAGACAAGGGCAGAAUAUCCCUGCUCUGAGAAGGCAUCGCCCUACACAGACCUGUCUUUGCUCUGCCCUCCACAGGAACCUCACAAAGGACCUCUCUCCUGCAGCUACUCAGCCAGACCUGGAAAAGGCUGUUACCACACGAUGACUGAAAGCUGAGCAUGGCGGCGUCCUUGGCUGUCCAUUUGCCCUUCCCUCUGUGCCUCUGUCUUACCCAUUCAAGGUCCCCAAGGGGCACACUUGCUUGCCUAUUACUUGGCCAGAGAUCCAUGAUGAAAUGACAAUCCGAGGAGGACCCUCAAUGACUUCUGGCCUCCACACAUACGUGCAUGCAUGUACAUGUGUGCUUUUACACGCGCCCACAUAGAAACGUUAAUACACACAUUUUUAACACCAAGGGCUCAAAACAGAUCCAGAGCAACCAUGUUAGCUUUCAUGGCGUUGAUGAAAACAAUGAUGACAGGGAUGAAGGGGAUGGAGUCCUGCUGCUGCGACCCCUGCGGCUGCUGGCGCCAGGGCCGCUGAACAAGGAGUCAGGGUACGUUUCCGAAAUUCAUUUUAGGAGCGCAGCAGUCAGAAUCUCUCCUUUGAGUGAUUACAAAAGCAGCGCACAUGGGCACUCAGAGUUGCUGGCAGCUAAAUCUCACCACCAAGAAAGAAGAAUUUGCCUCCCUGAGAAACCAACUCAACGGAGGCAGCGCUACGAAACAGAGAGAAGACAGGCCAGAGUGCACAAUGAGCCUCUAGUGCGAACCGUGCCGGAACCGUACAGUCAGCGUCUUGGUUGCAUGAGUUAAUAAAUGAUGUCCGUGCUGGUGCGA